AAAUUCAGUGGAGAAAUAUCAUGGAAAAUUCAAGGUUUUAAGUGUGCCUUACAAAAUAUUUCGAACUCAUAGGAACUUCAAAUUUGUAUUUUAAUUUUUCAUUUACUCUUUUUUAUCUGGAUAUUAAAAUGCUCAAUAUAUCCAGGAGCCUAAGGCGUCGUCGUGCUAUGGAAGGAGUGGUAGGUGACCCUGCGUCCAAGCCACCUAUAUCCUGCACUCUGGCCAAGAAGGAACAAUCCAUAGAGGCGAUGGAAAAACUCAUGGCCAAAAACCUUAUGGCCGAAGCCUUUCACAAGGCUCGCAUCACAUUGGACAAGAAGGGAAAACCCUUGGUGGAGCACUUCUUUCGCCAUUGCAUCGUGAAGAAGCGCUUCAAGGUGCUCGCCGAGCUCUGCCUGAGUGAUUACGAGGAGCAGAUGGUUCUCCAUCUACUGCAGCAGUACGGCUCUCCCGAAACGGAUACCGUGCAACUCAUCCUGCUCCUGCAAAAAAACAAAUAUAUUGAGGCUGUCAAUUUCAUAGAAUAUGUGACGGCUCAACGCCGGGGAACUAACGAUACUUUAAACAGAAUUAUGUCAGUGUAUCGCUCCUCAAUGCCAGCGGUGACACGGAGCGUAGCCGAUACCUAUUUCCGGAUUAAUAGCAAUCUGAGCAUGGAUUCGUAUACCGAUAAAAUUUUUCCUCUUAGCUGCCAAAUGGCCCAGCAGAAUCCCAGUGAUAUCCCGAGCUUUCUCUUUAGUUCUCUGUGGACAGAGAAUUUCCAGGAUCCAAAGCGACUCCACCGUAAUCUUCCCUUUUUGCGAACCCUUCAGCAAGGUUCCUCGGAACUGGAGCAACGCUAUCGCACAGUGUGUCCUGUGCUCUUAGGAGAACGGCAAACCGACAAGGAGGAACGUGAUAAGGAGCCAUCGAGUCAGUGCAACCGCAUCCUCCGUUUGGAAGGCAAUGGGGGAAAGGAUGCGGAGACAGAAACUGACGAGAUAAUCGUAGGGAUCGAGGAGGUAGCAAAACCAAGCAGUUUAAGCCUUCAGGAUGGGCUAACUAUUCCCUUGUCCAAAGAGGGAGUCCAGGAAGUGUCAGUGGGAUUGAAAAAAUUAGAGAUCAGGGUUCGUCGCUCUGUGAAAUGCCAACAUAAUGGUCCUGCCAUUCGCACUAUGCGUUUGCGAAGUGACGAUAGAAAAGAAGCGCCUCCAGUUACCUCACGAAAGCGACGCCUCCAGAAGCACAAUCCUGUCCUAGAGACGAUCAUGGAAGAGGGUUCCUCGGACGCACGAUCGAUGACGAGCGUUUCCAUGACCCCAGAUCCAGAGAUGCCCAUUAAGGGAAUACUAUCAUUAUCAUCAUCCCCGUCCGUAGUCGAGCGCUCCACUCCACUAAGGCGCUCUACAAGAAAUAGCUCUAAGGAUACAUUGCCAGCUGUGCCUUCGAUUCCGUUCGACUUGAAGCAACCGCAACUUGGUUGUACCACCAAACGUCAGAGAUCCGAACUGAAUGACACCAACUCUAGCCAAAACCGUGAAUUGCGUCCACGUCGGCAAACCGACUCGAUCAAUCCCAGUUCCCUAGCUUCGGUCACUCCCAGUAAGGGAAGCAUUGAGGACCAGUUGCCGCCUAAAAAGCGCAUACGAGCGAAGAAGUAGUAGAGAUCCUGCUUUUAAUCAUUACAUAAUAUAGUGUUGUCUUAAUUUUAA